GAGUCACAGAAAAUCAGUUCAUUCUCAACAAAAUGGCACCGACAGUUGUUCUUAUUACUGGCUGUUCAUCGGGAAUGGGGCUGGCUGAGGCUGUGCACCUUGCCACGGUAUCCAAACAUGACUUUAAGGUUUACGCUACAGUGAUAGAUCUUGGCGAAAAGGGAGACCUAGAAAAGGCUGCCGGCGACUCACUCGACAAAAAACUGUUCAUCCAUCAACUGGAUGUCACCAAGGAAGAUACUAUCAAGUCCGUAGUUGACGAGAUAUUGCGAGAAGACGGCAGGAUCGACGUUGUUGGUAUAAGGGAGUUGAACAAUGCCAGAGUGACGGGCAAUUACACUGGCUUCUUCUUUUACAACCCACCGAGCUCCGUUGACAUCGCUCAACAUCUUAUGAAUGUGAACCUCUUCGGCCCAGCCCGGGUCAUUCAGGCCGUGUUACCAACCAUGAAGAAACAGAUGUCAGGUCGUAUCAUCAACACAACCAGCGGAACAGGGAUAGAAGGAACUCCUUUCCUAGAAUUUUAUUCAGCAUCCAAGUUCGCAUUGGAGGGAUUCUCUGAGAGCAUAGCACCUGUCCUUCGCAAAGGUUACAAUAUCAGAGUCAGUAUUUUGGAGCCGGGUGCAGUUAAGACUCAUCUUCUGACUCGUUGCCUCGACCCGGCAUUUAAAAUAGAGUAUAUCUGCGGUACAUGGGAGGAAAAGGGCCAACAACUGUACAAAGAUUACUGGGAGAAGGAUCUGAAGCCACGCGUGUUUGCCUACCAACAACCGGAGGAGAUUGCCCAGCUCUUGGAGGAAAUCAUCCUGAGCGAUGACCCGCAUCUAAGGUAUCAGAGCGACCCACUCUUGAAGGCGACUGCCGCGGCUAAGUUGAAAGAUCCGACUAGUGAUUCGGUCUUCAAAUUAUUCAAGUCGCUCCGGUAGACAGUAUAACGAUUGCGAUCUUUAUCUGAUUCGCCUUAUGGCGUGGUGAGAUGUAUUAGAAAUAGUUGGCAGUUAAACAAGAAACAAUCUGAACCCUUUUCGCAUAUAAGCAUAUAUAAGUGCCCAGAAUAAAGCAGCUUGAUGUCAGCGAUGGGUUAAAAUCAAAGUUAAAAUCUAAAUCUCCCUGAAGUAUAAAUUGCAGCAGACGCCUUAUACAAUCCUUAUAUUAAAGUCAAUCAUCAUAAUGUAAUUGAUUUAACACGAAACAGAUAUAUUUGUUUAGUAAGGGGAAAUAGCCAAGAUAAAUACAUUUAGGUUAAGCUGAAACCCAUCCAGACGAACAGUGGGCAUGUUUUGUGUUGUGUGGUACACGUGGUUUGUGACACUAUCAUAAAGCCAUAUUUCCUUGAAAAAUAAAUAAUCAUAUAGGCCUAUCUAAAAUGUAUAAAAGCGUUACAGCUGGUGAAAACUAAAAUCGUUUGACGGGGGAUUAAAGACAAAGGAUUGAAACUGAAAGAGGGAUCUCGAUGAAAAUUAAUUUGUUUGCACAAUUUUAAAGAUGGUGUAUACGUGCGUUUUGGGUGUUGCACCUUGAAAAACAGAUAUCAAUGAUUGAAUCGAUAAUU